AAAGUGGGCGUGGUCGAAAACGUAGUCAUUUCCUGGUGCGCUCCAACAGGAAGAUGAACGUGGGCGUAGCUCACAGCGAGGUCAACCCCAACACGCGGGUGAUGAACAGCAGGGGCAUCUGGCUGAGCUACCUGCUGCUGACCGUGGUGCUGCACGUGGUGCUGCUCAGCAUCCCCUUCAUCACCGUGCCGCUGGUCUGGACCCUCACCAACGUCAUCCACAACCUGGUAAUGUACUUGUUCCUACACACAGUAAAGGGCACUCCCUUUGAGACCCCAGACCAAGGUAAAGCUCGUCUGCUGACACACUGGGAACAGAUGGACUACGGCAUCCAGUUCACGUCUUCUCGAAAGUUCCUCACUAUCUCACCCAUCAUUUUGUAUAUCCUAGCCAGUUUCUACACAAAAUACGACGCCACUCAUUUCAUGGUGAACACGAGCUCCCUGCUCAGUGUCCUCCUCCCGAAGCUCCCUCAGCUCCAUGGAGUACGGAUCUUUGGGAUCAACAAAUACUGAGGCGCUCGUUCACCCGCGGGUCUGGAAGGUCGCGAUGGACGGACGGGGCGUUCGCUGUCCAGAUGCCGGGAUGGGGAAACAUCUUAAGAAUGGACAGUUUUCCUGCUGCUUAACAAUAGGGGGGGAAAAACACACUGCUGUUCUGAGCUGAAGGUUUAUGAAGAUCUAGGUGAACUUUUUAUUUUCUAUAAGCAUUCCCUAUUUAAGAUUGGAAGCUGUCAGACAUUGGAAUAUCCGUCUCUCUCCGGUGAUGUGGCGGCAAAUGUUUCUUCUUGUAGAAGCUGACCGGCUGCAUCUCUUUAAAAAACUGUUUGUUACAGAUUCUUUUUUAGGAUCAAUAAAGCUACACUUUAAAGGCAGCAUUGCGGUUAUCUUUUCAAAUCGUGUCACUCAUUAGUCUCACAAUUAUUUAUGCAUAGGAUUUUGAUUGCUGCGGUGUAGUUAUGUAUGUGCUAGAUAUAAACAGUAUUGUGACAGGGAAAAGGGCUGAUUGCCUGUAGUACUUAUGCUUACUUACAGUACUUAGUGCUUAUUUGAAAAUAAUCGCUGAACAAUGCAUGCAGUGAUGACCAUAAUCAAGUAGAUUUUUAUUAUGUUGUCCCGCAUUUCAUGCAGCAUUAAUUGUCAGUAUUUGACAUUUCUUAUCAGUAAUGCCAUUUUGCUAGAGUGAGAGUCGGGUUUAAUUUCUGUGGGGAACUCCAAGCACUUUGCAUGGUGGUAGCCACCGCAAUGUGUUUGAUAUUCUGCUGAAUCCAAAGGGAUUCCCCCUCCUUCCGUUAGUUUAGCCCGUGUCCGCCUGCACUCAGUGGUCUCAGCGGUGACGUGUUUGGGGAAAAAGUAACCCAUGGGAAAACAACUGCUGUGCAUGCCAAUCUACCGCAAGUGAAGAGAGUUAAGCAAUAAAUAGGGGCUCAUCUUUACGACACACAGGUUGUAAACGUUUGCAACAAUUUGUCUGUGGGCGUAUUUGUUUUCAACUAUAAAGUGCAGCCGGUAGGAAAGGUAUGAGGAAGUUUGAGAAUGCCCACACGGACAUAGUGAAACUAGUGGACCACAUGGUAAUCCCUUUCAAAUCAAUUGAUCUACCUAGUGACUGACAUUUAACCCGGGGUGGGAAUUAGGUCGUCCACUUGUUUUUCCCAGGUUCUGCUUCCACUUUUUAGUUUCACCGUCUGCCAGGCUACUGCUGCUGACUAAAGGGUUCAUGCAUUUGACUGAACACAGCACAUGAUCAUAUUUAAGAUAUGUGAAUACCAUGUAUUUUUGACCGAUAUGGAAUCUCCAAUAAUUUGUAAGAUGAAAAAUGAUGAAAGAUGCAGGCAAAUCAUGAACAGAAAAUAGAAUUGACCAUACUAAAGGUAGCGAGUCGAAUAAAAAUGGGUGCGAUUAACCAUUUUCCGCCCACGGUCUGUGGUAUAUAUUUUCUAGGAAAUAUAAUUGAUUUAUGUGUACCCCAAAAAAUGUAUACCAUUUACCUACCAAGCAGAUUUCAAAACAGCAACCAAAUACUGAUUUAAACUGGAAAAGUUGUCAACAGUGACACAUUUGAAUGUUGAACAAAAUACUUUGGUUCAUAUUAAAUUUUAAUUAUUUGCCGUAACAGAAUAAAAAAAUAAAUUUUAUGGACUACAUAUCCAAACACCAGUCAAUAAUUUCCAAAAAAAACCAUUCCCUCAAACAUUUACUGUAAAUGCAAAGAGCAUUUAACAAUGCAUAAACCUAGACGCUGUAAACAGUUCACUGAAGGUAUGUUUGCCAAGAAUUAAACCAUGCAUACAUUUCAGUAACACUUUAAAGUCAACAAAAUACUUAAUCACAAACAUUCUGAUACAAACUCAUAAGGUCGGCGGACGCAAGAGUUGGCUACAUUCUCAAAUUACUAAAACAAGUUACCCAGAGAUUUGCAAAAAAAAAAAAAAAAUGAAGGCCUGAUGCGACUCUUGAACACAAUUUGCUCUGCAUAUAUUGUGUAGCACUUUAAAAGAAAAAAGAUGCUUGAUUCAUCGUUGGUCCACUGGAACCCGAGAGGGCCCGUUCUCUUCCUGCAACAGCACCCCCUGGACCACAGUACCAGGUCAGUGUGCUACACAGUGAACUCCUGUUGUCUUCCGACCACAUUCACAAGACCAAGCGGAGUCUUCUUUCCGUAUUUUACAGUGCAAUACUUUUCCAUUGUCAAAGUCUUCUCGAAAAAGUUCUCUCGUCUGGAUCUUCCUCCUCUUCAUCACUGUCAAAUAACUCAUCCUCCAGGAAAGAUCCUCCAAACCCAUAUUCCUGUGCAUGGACAGCCACCUCAUUUGGUCUCAGGUGGGACAAGCCCUCUACAAAAUCUGCAA